AAUGACAGUUAAGAUGACAGCUAAGAACCAAUUAGGACUUGAUCUUUAUUUACUGUCAUUAGGGAUAGCCUAUUAAAGCUGUUUUUGUUGUAUGACGUGAUUUAUUGGUAAAUGGUGCUGAAAUGUCCCCCUCCCCUUUUUUCUCUUUUCUUUCUCGAAGGCAGGUUUCAAGUUGCAAUCAAGGAGGAGCUGAGAGUCCUCUGAGGCUGCUGUUGGAACCUGCUGCUCAAAUAUAAAGGAGCUGUUUGCCUUCCAACCGCAAGCAAACACUGAAUCACAACCUCAUAGGAGGAGAUCCAGAAACCACACAUACACACACACACGGUGCUUCUCAUAACCAAAAGUGGCAACCAGACUUCUAGCUUAGACUUUCUAACCUACAGCUCAACCAAUUUAGUCAGUUGUUGAGUCAGUUCGCUACAAACCAAUUCUUUAUUCUUUAAAAAAAGGUUAUAUAUAUAUAUCUUAUGGAACGCAUUUCUUAAGGCACAUCCCACUGUAAUAGCGUCUAGUAAAUUGAGAGCAAGUGAAGUUUUGUUGAGAGAGGAGCGCGGAGAGCGCGCAGAGAGCGCGAGAAUGGCUGCAUUGAUCAGCGCGUACUCGUCUUGGCCGGAGAGCUUUGAGUGCUCGGCGGGAGAUGGGGACGUGCCCGACGGACAUGGCUCACACAGAACUCCCGUGGACAAGACGUCGGAGCCGCGCAUCAGACGGCCCAUGAACGCGUUCAUGGUCUGGGCCAAAGAUGAGAGGAAGCGCCUGGCUGUCCAAAACCCAGACCUGCACAACGCAGAGCUUAGUAAGAUGCUGGGCAAGUCGUGGAAGGCCCUGACCCCCUCUCAGAAGCGUCCGUAUGUGGAGGAAGCCGAGAGGCUGCGCGUGCAGCACAUGCAGGACUACCCCAACUAUAAGUACCGGCCUCGCCGGAAGAAGCAGCUAAAACGCAUCUGUAAACGCGUGGAUCCCGGCUUCCUGCUGGGCAGCCUGGUGGGCCCCGACCAAAACGCCCUGUCCGACCCCCGGGGUCUCUGUCACCCCUUGGGUUUGGAUAAGGACGAGGAUGGGGUUAGUGGUGGUGAUGGAGGUGUUGGGUUCUCGACCCUCUCUUCCCCCAGCCCAGGGCCUCUACCUGGGGUUAGAUCCUUCAGAGAUGUACCGUCCAGCUCCAGCUCCAACAGCUUCGACACCUAUCCCUACGGUCUCCCCACCCCGCCUGAGAUGUCCCCUCUGGAUCAUGCUCUGGACCACGACCACCCUUCCUACUAUCCUUCCUCCUCUUCCUCCUCCUCGUCCGUCUCCUCCCCCGAGGAGCGCCACCAGCACCGUCAGGGUCAGACCCCCGGAGGUGGAGGUGGGGGUCCCAUGUGCCUCAGUCCUUCAUCUUACCACCCUGACUACACCCCCACUCAGACUUCCAUUCACUGUGGUGGCUCCCACUCCCACCUGACCCACCUCUCCCACUUGUCCCAGGCCCAGUCCGGAGGCCUCAUCCCUGGGCAUCCUCUGUCCUACUACAACCCAUCCUCCUGGUCCUCCCAGCUCCAGGUCCACCCGGGCCUCAAUCACCCUCACUUAAGGCACCUGUCCCCAGGUCACCACCACCAGCACCACUUGGGUCAGCUCUCCCCUCCUCCCGAGCAGAACCACAGUCAUCUGGAGACUUUGGACCAGCUGAGUCAGGUAGAGCUUCUAGGGGAGGUCGACCGUGAUGAGUUCGACCAGUACCUGAACUCGACGGCGGCAGGCGCGGCAGCAGCAGGGGUGGGGGUGUUCCAUUCCGAACAGGGAGGAGGAGGAGGAGGGAUGACGGUGACAGGUCACAUCCAGGUGACAUCGGCAUCAGCUCCGUCUUCUGAGAGCGGCGUCGUCGGGGAAUCCAGCCUGAUCUCUGUGCUGGCGGACGCCACGGCAGCAUACUACAACAACUACGGCCUGUCUUAGACAGGACGGGUUGUCGAGUUACCUGGUUGCCAUGCCUACGCCCGCCGCUCUCGUCGUCACACCUGGAACUGACCAGGGGACAUAUGUCUCAAGCGUUUCAGUGUAGAAGUGCUGAUCUAGGAUCAGGUCCCCCUGUCCAUGUCAUCUGAUUCAUUAUGUUCUAGGAUCAGGUCCCCCCCCCGGUCCAUGUAAUCUGAUUCCUUAUGAUCUAGGAUCAGGCCCCCCCCCCCCGGUCCAUGUAAUCUGAUUCAUUAUGAUCUA